AUGUGCACCGGAAAGUGUGCCCGCUUCGUGGGGCUGUCUCUCAUCCCCCUCUCCCUGAUCUGCAUUGUGGCCAACGCCCUCCUGCUGGUGCCCAACGGGCAGACCACCUGGACCAAGGACCACCUCAGCUUGCAAGUCUGGCUCAUGGCUGGCUUUGUUGGCGGGGGCCUGAUGGUACUUUGUCCGGGAAUUUCCGCCGUCCGGGCCGGGGGCAAAGGCUGUUGCGGUGCAGGCUGCUGUGGAAAUCGCUGCAGGAUGCUGCGCUCAGUCUUCUGCUCAGCUAUCGGGUUGCUUGGCGCCAUCUACUGCCUCUCGGUCUCGGGAACCGGGCUCCGAAUUGGACCACAGUGCUUAAUGAACGGCUCCUGGGAUUACCACUUCCAAGAUACCGCAGGCUCCUACCUGCUCAACCGCACGCAAUGGAACUUGUGCGUGGAGCCGCCCGAUGUGGUCCUCUGGAACGUGACGCUCUUCUCGCUGCUCGUGGCCGCAUCGUGCCUGGAGAUCUUGCUCUGUGGGGUGCAGCUGGUGAACGCGUCCAUUGGUGUCCUCUGUGGCGAUUGCAGGAAGAAGCAGGGCUCCUCUCAGUGA